AUGUGCGUCAAAACUAUCGAAGUUAGAACGAUGUUCGUCGCAAUGAUCUUAGUGUUAGUGAGUGUGGUGGGUGCUAAUGUGAACUCUACGAGUGAGCUGGGAGGAUCCCGCAUGGCAUGGAUGAAGUCCUUGCUGGACCACCACAGCUGGACUGAGUAUCUCACCAACGGCAACCUGACCCUGCCCGAGAACUGCGAGAGUGACCUCAAAGUCUACUUGUCGGCUCUCAACGAAGGAAAGCUGUGGGCUUCGAAAAUAUUCGAUGCAUCAGGCCAGUACACUCCUAACGUGUUAUUCGGCAAUGAGUACUGGCUGGGCUCACAGAACGCCUGCCGCGACCUGCAGCUGAAACAGUACUAUGCGCAGACGCCGCCCUUCCCCACCACUUUCUACGUCGCAAAAAUUAACCUUACUGUCGACAAUGAUCAUUUGCCACAGAGUCGACUGAUGCUAGUAGGAGAGUGCGUACCAGCAUCAUGCGACAUCAGCGCCCUCACCACCAUACUCGGCGCCGCUGAACGAGCAGCCGCUGCGCAAGCGUCGGACUCCGGCCUUCUAGCAUCAUUCUCCACCGUCAAAGUGCGACCUGUACCCGGGGAUUAUGACUUAUUUGCUGAUCCUAAACUGCAGAUACUUGGAUCAGUGAUGACCAUCGUACUGACCCUGAUGCUGUUCGCUUCCCUGUACGAGGGCUACCUGGAGCGCAAGUACCGGCUGGCCAAGGAGACCAGAGACUUGGAACUGGCCCACGACGGCAACGCCAACCAUAAGCAACCUGCCAAUAACAAUGUGGCUGUCGAUGGGAAGCCAGUGCCCACGGACAAUGGGGAUCGAGACCUUCGGCGGGAAACUUGCGGGCUAUGGGCGGAGGUGUUGUUAUCGUUUUCCAUCUUGUCGAACGGGCGCACGAUCCUCAGCACGGACCCUCCGAACGACGGGGCCCUCACAUGUCUUCACGGAAUGAGAUUCAUGUCAGUGAUUUGGGUGAUAAUGGUGCACACAUACCUGACGAUAUUCUACGUGGCUGACAAUAAGACUAUGCGGGUGAUCACAGAACGCAACUUCUGGUACCAGUCCGUUGGGAACGCAUCCUACUGUGUGGACACCUUCUUUGUUAUCAGCGGAAUACUCGUCACAAUCUUAUUUUUACGGACGGAAGAUAAAAAGUCUGCGAAAGCUGACCAGCAAGAUAAACAGGACAUCAACAAGAAUCUCAACGGCUUCAGUAAUUCCGCACUUUCCAUCUCUGUGAUAAGCCAACAAUCUUUUAAGGAGGAUUUAUUAGACAAGCCUAAAACCAGCGCUUAUUCUAUGGCAGAGUUCGUGACCAUGAUCAAGUCCUUCUUUAUUUUAUUAUCCUAUAGAAUAGUGAGGCUCACGCCUGCCUACGGCUUUGUGAUUGGUCUCAAUGAGAUCGCUCUUAGGUAUACACACGACAGAUCAGUGUUCGAGCCCGCCAUAUUUGACCACAUCACGUGUGAUAAGUUCUGGUGGCGCAACUUAUUGUACAUCAACAACCUCUACCCACAACGUGAGAUGUGCAUGGUCUGGUCCUGGUACAUGGCCAACGACACGCAAUUCUACGUCGUCGGGAUUAUACUUCUACUUAUUUCGGUCAAGCAUCCGAAGUUUGCGAUGGUAUCUCUCGGGUUGUUGAUGGUGAGUUCAUGGGCGACCACCAUCUACAUAUCUGUGUGGCAUCAAUACAAGGCACGGAUACAGGAGCCGUUUGAAAUGUUCGACCCAUUGUAUGAUAAGCCCUGGUCGAGGAUUGGACCCUAUUUAGUUGGAAUGAUAGUGGGAUGGUACUUGCACAAGACUAAGUGUCAAUUGAAGCUGCCGUACUGGGUGGUGGCGGUCGGCUGGCCGGUGGCGCUGGCCAUCAUCGGCAGCCUCAUCUUCAGCAUGGUGGACGGCUACUUCGAAGUCUGGCCUACGGCUUUCUAUAUUAGUAUUGGACAUACUGCUUGGGGAGUAGCAGUAGCAUGGGUGGCGAUAUCCUGCUGCAGUGGAUAUGGAGGGCUGGUGAACUCAGCCCUCUCAUACCGAGGGCUGCUCCCUCUCAGCAGGCUGACGUACUGCGCCUACCUGGUGCACCCUACCAUCAUGAUGUACACCUCAUUCCUGCUCGACGGACCUUAUCAUAUGCAGAAUUCUACUGUGCUCGCGAUCUACGCCGGAUACGCAGUGAUGGCAUUCUUAGCUUCAUUCGCCAUAUCACUAGCAUUCGAAGCUCCAGCCGUAAGACUUCUAAAGAUCAUCAGCGGAGCACCACGAAGCAAGAAGGCCGUAAGGGCGUGA